AUGGGUAGCAAAAGACGGAAAGCACGACCCAUGUGGAUGUGGCAUUUUCGCAAUGCAGAAUACUGCCUUGGAAAAACACUCACCACGCUCAACACCCUUGAGCCCAAUGCGAUGGCAACGCCCGAGCUGCGCAAAUGGACAGGCAUAGAGUUCAAUGACCUUGAUAUUGAAACCGGAGCUACGAGCAAUGGUUCUUCGUUUUUCAAACCCCGUCACGAUGGAACUUGUAAGAUUUCCAAUACUGGACGAGAUCCAGAUAGUGUGGGAGAAGAUGACUUCACCUGCUGUCGGCGCCUGAGGAAAGGCGGAAUUAAUCGAAAUCAUGGACUUCAGAUGGAUGCUGCUUUUGCAUUUAGGGAUUACGCCCGGGACUUAGCUGAUGUCUACCAGUUUCAUGACGAAUGGGAAUAUAUUCCGUGA